AAAGUAUCAACUUUCAUUUCUAUUGCCACACGAAAAUCUAUUUUUCCUCAACAUGGCUAAGCUGAUAAUAUCUUGCAUUAUUGUCCUCUUCUCUUCUGUAUUUUUAUUCAUGGAAUUAUCAAAUGCAGCAACAACUUACAAUGUGCUAAGCUUUGGUGCAAAACCAAAUGGCCAAACUGAUGCAACUGUGCCAUUUCUAAAGGCAUGGGGAGCUGCAUGCAGCUCAGUGGAACCGGCAACCAUUUACGUUCCUCGGGGGCGUUAUCUAAUAAAAUCAGCAACAUUUAGGGGGCCAUGUAAAAAUAGAAUUACUGUAAAGAUUGAUGGAACACUUGUGGCACCAUUGGAUUAUUGGGAAAUUGGCAACUCAGGCUACUGGCUAGUGUUCAUUAAGGUUAACGGGAUUUCGGUCAUUGGUGGAAAUCUUGAUGCUAAAGGAGCUGCUUUUUGGGAAUGCCGGAAGUCAGGCAAGAAUUGCCCAGUUGGAGCUAGGUCGAUAACCUUCAAUUGGGCUAAUGAUGUUGAGAUAAGUGGCUUACUAUCAAUCAACAGCCAGGUAACACACCUUGUGAUCAAUAGCUGCAACAACGUGAUGGUUCGAAAUGUAAGAAUGAUAGCCCCAGACCAGAGCCCAAACACAGAUGGCAUACAUGUUCAAUCAUCAACCGGUGUUACUAUCACUGGUUGUAGAAUCAAAACUGGAGAUGACUGUAUAUCUAUUGGUCCUGGCACAAGAAACCUUUGGAUGGAGAAAAUUUUAUGUGGACCUGGACAUGGUGUUAGUAUUGGAAGUCUUGGAAGGAAUUAUGAAGAAGAUGGAGUUCAGAAUGUGACAUUGACUUACUCUAUAUUCACAGGAUCUGAUAAUGGAUUAAGAAUAAAAUCUUGGGCAAGACCCAGCACCGGUUUUGUCAACAACAUUAAUUAUCGUAACAUAGUCAUGAAGUACGUUGACAAUCCAAUCAUCAUUGAUCAAAAUUAUUGCCCCAACAACGAAGAUUGUCCAGGACAGACAUCUGGUGUAAAGAUUAGUGAAGUAACAUAUAAAAAUAUACAAGGGACGUCGACUACUCAAGUAGCUAUGAAAUUUGACUGCAGCCCGAGCAAUCCAUGCGAAGGAAUCCAAAUACAAGACAUACAGCUCACUCAUAUGAACAAAAAGGCAAAAUCAUUUUGCAAGAACGUUCAAGGAAUUAAGAAAGGAGUCAUUUUGCCUGAUAGUUGUAUAUAAAUAUAAUUCUACUUUUGAAGUCUGUUUGAGGAAGGAUUGGUGAUCACGUAUGUAUAUUUAAACUCCUCAAUUUAACCAGUAAUUGUUACCAACGGCAAUAAAGCUCCAUUGGCUUUUCUCCAAUUAUAUUGUAUAUACAAUUAUAACUGCAAUAAUAAUUUUUUCUUUUAAA